CAGUGCUGGGCGCCGCGCGAAAGCCGCGCCGACUCCCCAGAGUUGGGCUUCGCGCCCCAGUUCCCGGAGCGCCCCAACCGACUGCCUGCAAGCCGGGGCCGCCGUCGCGCCCCGAUCCGCUGCGAGGACCUGCUCCGAGGAGGCGCGCCGAGCCAUGGAGGGCGCCGAGCUCGCCGGGAAGAUCCUUUGCAUCUGGCUCGCCCUGGUGCUGGUCCUCAUCCUCUUGCCUUCGGUUUUCGGGGUGUCGUUGGGCAUCUCCGAGCUCUACAUGAAACUCCUGGUGAAAACUUUAGAGUGGGCUACAUUACGAAUUCAGAAAGGAGUCCCAGAGGAGUCAAGUCUUAAAAGCUCCGCUUCUGUUGGUAUCAUCCAACGAGAUGAGUCACCCAUGGAAAAGGGGCUCUCGGGUCUUCGAGAAAGGGACUUUGAGCUCUCCGAUGUCUUUUAUUUCUCCAAGAAGGGAUUGGAAGCCAUUGUGGAAGAUGAAGUGACCCAGAGGUUCUCGUCAGAGGAGCUAGUGUCAUGGAAUCUUCUCACAAGGACCAAUGUAAAUUUCCAGUACAUCAGUCUGAGACUCACCCUGCUGUGGGUGCUGGGCGUCAUGGUACGCUACUGUAUUCUGCUACCAUUGCGGGUAACCUUGGCUUUCAUCGGGAUUAAUGUGCUUGUUUUAGGAACUAUGGUGGUUGGGCAGCUGCCAUACAGCAGGCAGUACAGACCCCAGAAAGGAGGCAUUUGUGUUGCCAACCAUACGUCACCAAUAGACGUCUUGAUCUUGGCAGUGGAUGGACGCUAUGCUAUGGUUGGCCAGGUUCAUGGUGGACUGAUGGGAAUUAUUCAGAGAGCAAUGCUCAAGGCUUAUCCACAUGUCUGGUUUGAACGUUCAGAAAUGAGGGAUCGACAUUUGGUUACAAAGAGACUGAAAGAACACGUUGCUGAUAAGAAGAAAUUACCCAUAUUAAUCUUUCCUGAAGGGACUUGCAUCAACAACACUUCAGUCAUGAUGUUUAAAAAGGGAAGCUUUGAGAUUGGAGGAACCAUAUAUCCCGUUGCAAUUAAGUAUAACCCUCAGUUUGGUGAUGCCUUUUGGAACAGUAGUAAAUACAGCAUGGUGAGCUACCUGCUUCGAAUGAUGACCAGCUGGGCCAUUGUCUGUGAUGUGUGGUACAUGCCCCCGAUGACCAGAGAGGAAGGGGAAGAUGCUGUUCAGUUUGCGAACAGGGUUAAGUCUGCUAUUGCUGUACAAGGAGGGUUGACUGAGCUUCCCUGGGACGGAGGGCUGAAGAGGGCAAAGGUGAAGGACACUUUUAAGGAAGAGCAGCAAAAGAACUACAGCAAGAUGAUUGUGGGCAACGGAUGUCUCAACUCUCACCUGGACUGAAAGCCACCCUAGAUAAAAUAUGAUACAACAGGAUUUUCCAGAACCUGCCCUUAAAAAAUGAAGUGUUGGGGAUUUUUUUGUUUUGUUUUGUUGUUUAUAUUAUUUUAUCAAAAAACAAGUUUUUUUCCCCUGCA